UUUGUAAAAGUAUAAAAGGUUUCCCAUCCCAGUUUCCUUCGCUCGCUGCUCUGCUCCAAAACAGCUCCAUCCCCACUGCUAGAAGGCUCUGCCACCACUCCAGGACAAUGUGCUCCCGCAGGUCCUGCCACAGCCACGAGACCUCGUGCCAUGAAUCCAGCUCCUCCUGCCACGACUCGGGGCCCUCAUUCCACUACACCAUCCAGAGGCAGCCUGUGCAGAAGUUCAGCUACGUGACCCCCUGCUAUCCCCCGGUGCAGCCCUGCUACCCCCCGGUGCAGCCCUGCUACCCCCCGAUGCAGCGUUCCUGCCCCCCGCUCUGCCCCCAGGUCACCAAGAACAUCUGCAAGCUGCCACCGUCAUACCCCAAGUACUGAGAGUAGGAUCCAGCCCCGGCACUGGAUCGCUGCUGCCUGGGAUGCUCUCCAUGCCUAAAGCUUGAAUCGAUGGUUCUUUAUUCCCAGUUUUAAUUUGCUCCUCGAAUUCCUCGUCCGUGGUUAGAAUUUGGUUGCUGGUUUUGCUCCUAUUUGGUUUAAUUUGCUCAGCACGCAAGACCCAUCUCAGACUCAUCCUGGGAAGGAUUCUUGCUGCUUUUCACCCAUGUGACAACCGCCAAAAGAAUAAAGUUUGAUUUCCAAAAGUAAAAUAAA